CAACCAUAAAAGAGCCUCCGUCAUUUUCUACGUCGUUGAGCCUUGAGGGGGGGAAUAAAAGUCUGUUAGCUAGGGACGACACUAAAGUUGGAAAGGCGUUCAUGACAAAUACGCCGAAUACUUAAUCAGAGUGGCUGUGAAACAAGGCCGCGUAUCAAACCGGCGUGCUAAGCUAUUGCGCUAAACCGCCAAACGCGAAAUAACGCAACGGUAAUAAUAGUUAGGUAGAAUGGAUUUCCGUAGGAGCUGGUUCAAGUGGGACAGGCAUAACGAGGCGGACCUCUUCACCGACCGAAUGGACCAGAACAACAGCCUCUCCCAGGCCAUCCUUUCCGCCGCCCCCGAGGAGCUGGACGCCACCAACGUGCUGUUGGGCCAGAUUCAGGGCACCGUUGUUGGCCUCAGAUAUUACAGCGGGGUGGUCAACCAAGGCGAAUUGGUGGGCCUGGUGCGUGAGCCCCACAACCCAUUUGACUGCAACGCUAUAAUGGUCGCCAACGUCUAUGGCACCCAAGUCGGCCAUAUCAAGAGGGAGCUUGCUGCAGCUGUGUCAUAUGUCAUGGACAACAAGCUGGCUAAAGUAGAAGGAAUGGUGCAUUCUGGGACUAAAAACAAAUUCUCCAUGCCGGUGAUUUUGUCUUUCUGGGGGCCAAACGAGAACAAAAACGAGAUCGCUCAGUGUUUGAUACGCCAUGGCUUUAAACUUAACACAGGGGCAAGUCAGAGGUUAUACAGCACUGGCAUGGCAUCCAAUAAAAGAGGCGUGACCAUUCCACUCACAGAAGAGGAGCUGAAGAAUGCCUUUGAUAACCUAUUUGAAGGCCUGCUGGAGACGAGAGACGGUGAAAAGGAAGCAGCUGAUGCUGUGGUCACCCCUUUAAUGCCACAUCAGCGGCAGGCGUUGUCGUGGAUGUGCGCCCGUGAGAACAAGUCCACGCUGCCGCCCUUCUGGGAGAAGCGUGGUGAUCUCUACUACAACAGCCUCACGUGCUUCGCGGCCAAGGAGAUACCCCAGAGGGUCCUCGGGGGGAUACUGGCAGACGACAUGGGACUGGGCAAAACACUGACUACCAUCGCGCUGAUCCUCACCAACUACCGUGACGGAGAGCCGCUUCCCGUAUUCGACCGCCAGGAGCACUGCUCUCCUCUGAAAGUUGACAGAGCUGGACCAAGUGGCGCAGCGACUCGCCGUCUGCUGUCAAACCAGACCCAUUUUCAGGAAUCCUGUGUUCCCGCCUCAUACAAAAUGGAAACAGCAAAGCUAUCAGAGAAAAUUUCAGGCAAAAAAAAUACAAAAAAUAACAAGAGAAAAUAUGAGGCACCCAUGGUCAUGGAGGAUGCAGAUUUUGCCUCGGCGUUGUGCGGACUUCUGCAGUCGCCACCGCAUACGCUCAAGAAGAAGAAGAAGAAAAAGGCUAUCUCAACCCUGGCUGCCGAUUACUACGCCGAUGAAGACCCUGUUGACUCUGUAUCGGCCGGGGCGACUCUCAUCGUGUGCCCGCUAUCUGUGCUCAGCAAUUGGCUGGACCAGUUUGAGGAGCAUGUCCGAGCAGACAUCAAGCUGAAAGUGUACAUGUACCACGGCCCUGACCGUAACAGGAGCACAAAGUUCCUCUCAUCUCAGGACGUGGUGCUAACCACCUAUAAUGUGCUUUCCUCAGACUACUCAAAUAAGAAUAGGAGUCCUCUACAUGAAAUCAACUGGUUGAGGGUGGUGCUAGACGAAGGUCACGUGGUCCGGAACCCCAACACGCAGAUGAGCAAGUCCGUGCUCGACCUUAGAGCACAACGGCGCUGGAUUCUGUCUGCUGUUCUUUGCCGAGUAUUCUUUGACUUGCUAGACAGACCAACCCAAUCUGGAUUAUUCCAACGUGGCGGAGGCACACCCAUUCAGAACAGUGUCAAGGACCUGUGGAUGCUGCUAGCCUUCCUGCGCCUCAAGCCGUUUGAUGUGAGGGAGUGGUGGAAUCGGGUUAUUCAGAGGCCCGUGAUGCAAGGCGACAGAAACGGUCUGAAGAACCUCCAGACAUUGAUUAAGUGCAUCACGCUGCGGCGCACAAAGAACAGUGAGUUGGAUGGACGUCCGCUGGUCACGCUGCCUGAGAAGAGUGUGUGCGUGGAGCAGGUGGAGUUAAGCGCAGCGGAGCGCGAGGAGUACGAACAGGCACGCAAUGAAGGAAGACAUACUAUUAGCAGAUAUGUUGCUGAAGGCACAGUUUUGAGAAAUUAUGCAGACGUCUUGGCUAUCUUGAUGAGGCUGCGACAGCACUGCUGUCAUCCUGACUUGCUGGCGAACACCGCUGUAGAUGCAGGGCACGCAGGCGUGGCGACCACGCCGACUGAGCUUCGCGAGCGCCUGAUCGAGAAGCUGCGCCUGGUCUUGGCCAGCGGCUCGGACGAGGAGUGCUCAGUGUGCCUAGACUCUGUGCGCCUGCCCGUCAUCACGCACUGCGCUCACGUCUACUGUCGGCCCUGCAUCGCUCAGGUCAUCGGUACCGAGCAGGAAAGUGCACGCUGCCCUCUUUGUCGAAGUGACAUCAAAAUCUGCGAGCUGGUGGAGUUCCCACAAGAAGAAGCGGGUGAAGAGAUUGGAGGAAGAAGUCCUGGAAAGUGGAGGACCAGCUCAAAGAUCCAAGCAUUGAUUAACAACCUGAGCCGUCUACAGUGGGAAGACAGCAGCGCUAAGUGUCUGGUGGUCUCGCAAUUUACUCGCUUCCUCACCAUCUUGGAGACGCCGCUCAGAGAGCAUGGCUUCAGGUUUGUGCGCCUGGACGGCACCAUGACCCAAAAGAAGCGCACCCAAGUCAUCCAAGAGUUCCAGAGCGCCGCCCACCACAGCCCCACAGUCAUGCUGCUCUCGCUCAAAGCCGGGGGUGUCGGUCUCAACCUCACGGCCGCAUCCCACGUCUUCCUCAUGGACCCGGCAUGGAACCCAGCCACAGAGGAGCAGUGCAUCGACCGUUGUCAUCGUCUGGGUCAGAAGCGAAAGGUCUUUGUCACCAAGUUCAUCGUGAAGGACUCUGUAGAGGAGAACAUGGUGAAGAUCCAGAAGCAGAAGCAAGACCUGGUGGAUGCAGCGUUGGGCUCUGACCACAAGACGUCUCGAAUCAACGACAUCAAGGCUCUUAUGGAAUUGUAGAAUGUGAACAACUCCCUUUCAAAUUUGAGUUGAUUCACUGCUUUCAGUUCAGUCACAUUCCAAUUUUCUUUACUGUUAGAUCUUUUCCAUCCUGUUCAUCUGGCAAAUAAAAACCAAAUUCCCAACAA